UGCAUUAUGUAUCUUAGAAAUAUUUUUGUUUUACAUUUUGUGCAAUACAGAUGCAGUCAUGCCGAUUCCGAGAGAGAUGCAAAGCCAUUGCUUCGGUUUUAUAGCCAGAAAUCCAGCAUUUUAAAUAAUCAUUCAACAGAAAGCAGAACAACCUGAGGAUGCUGAGAUAAACAAUCACUAUUCAUUAUUUAAAUGCUUUCCAUUCAUAUACAUUUGUGUAAAUUAAGCUCAGUGGUAAAGGCAUAAGAAUCUUGAUCAGAAUGUCACAAGUUCAAAUGCCAAGCUGACAUUUCUGGGCCCUUGAGCGAGACCCUUACCCUCAACUGCUCAUAACGGCACCUGCCAAAUGGCAUACAUAAAAAACCCUAAGAAAGCUGUCAAAUCAGGCAGGAGAUUUACAAUAACAACAGUAUGCAGAAAUGAAAUCAACAAACCAAAUAACACACACACACACACACACCACAAUCCAACUACAAACAUCUGCCUUUUCCUACUUAAAUCACUGACCAGCACAAUACACAAUAACUGAGCCUGAACAGUUGUUGUUGCGUGAAUAUGAGCAGGAUCGGGUCGAUCUAGCAGGUGCAAAUACCGUCUUCAGAUGCAAAACCGGUUUAAUGAGCUGAUCGAUAAAUCGACAUGAGAUUUGAGACGUACUAAGCUGGAGAGCUACAACCUGGAUAAGACUUUCCCCCACUCCAUUCAUGCCCGUCAGUCCUUAGACUGAUAAGAAGAGAUUUUUUUGUUGCCAUUUUGUUUGCACGUUCUAAACAAUGAUGCCGAAUUACGGUUUAUUAUUUACACUGAACUGAAGUGAACAGUAAGAUGCUGGAAGGGCAGCUGGCUGAAUGGCACCUCGAGCUGAUUAACAGCUAGUCUAGCUAGCCUGACAACAAACCACUGCAUUUACCGUAAGCUCUCUAACAGAAGGUAAACGAAGCAAGCUGAAACAAGUGGAUUAGCGACCGAAGUCCUGUUUCCCAAACAUCAACAAGGGAACUUUAACAGACAUGGAAUUAAACAAGUGAGCUAGAUUCUGUAUGCUCAGGAGUGAGUCCUGUGAGUGUACAGGAUGAGCAGCACAUUUGUGACCCUAGCUGAAGUGUUGGAGGCUAGAGGAGGACCACUGGAAGAAAAUGAGGUCUGGGCCCUCCUGCUCACCUCUGUUGAAUCUCUGUUGGAUCUCUUCAGCAUAGGUCAUAGCAACAUCUGCAGCAUCAUUAAUCCAACAUCAUUUCUCUUGUCUGCAAAUGGUACAAUAGCGCUUAAAAACUGCACAAUGUCAGACGAGGCGUGUGCCUUCACUGCACCUGAGAGGCUUCAGGGCGUCGCCAGUACCACCAGAAUGGCUAUGGAAAAGAUGAUUGUAUAUUCUCUUGGCAUGACUCUCUAUUGGUCAGUUGACUUUCACAUUCCUCAAAACCAACCUGUUCAGCUGAGUGAUUCCCUAAACUGCCUUCUUCUGAGCAUGUGUGAGGACAUGGCCCAUCGGCGAGGGAAUCUCAGCGCCAUCCUGGAGGCCUGUCAAUCACACCAUGAAUCAUUGAUCUUGCCACCACCCAACAAAGUCAUACAGCAGCUGGUGGAAGAGCUCUUCAAAAACCCUGUUGACCAACCCACUCUUAGAGAGAACACAGUGCUGCUAAGUGGAAGAAGUUUGAUGGUCAGAGAAAGACUGCAUGGAAAACGGAUAGUGUACCCUGGUUAUGCGGAUGGGAAUGCAAGUGCAGCAGAAAGACGCAGGCUGUCACUUGAUUCAGAGCUAAAACAGGAAGAUGUACAUCAACAGAAAGCUUGGUCGCUCAAAAACAGAUGCUCACAGAUGCCUGCAUACCAAAGCAUUCCGAGCAGAAUUCCACAUCAUCAUAGUGGACGUGAAAGCAGUUGGCCAUCACAUCGCCUUUCUAGCCGUUCUAUUUCACUCAGCGAGUCGACAGUCAGCCUCAGCCAAAAGAAAACAAAAAAUCUAGGACCUGAGUUUGCAAGAAUGGCUGAUGAGCCUCAUAUUAUUUUAGAGCUGCCUGGAUCUAUAGUGUCAAAGAAAGGAAGGUCUUCUUUAUCCCAGAGGGAAAUUAUUGUGAUGAUGCCAAAUGCACAGUGUGUGGUGGUAAGGUGCGAUAUCAAGUCUAGGGGAAGAGAUGUUUUCGACAUGGUCGUCGCUCAUACAAACCUAGUGGAGCAUUUUUAUUUUGGCCUCGCUUUCAUGGAUGAUGAUGAAUUUUUCUUUUUAAACCAUGAUACAAAACUCUCCAAAGUGGCACCAGACAAUUGGAAGAAAUUAACAACUUCUACAUUCACCCUCUUUCUCCGUGUUAAAUUCUUUGCUGAUGAUGUUUCAUACAUACUGCACAAACUCACACGUCAUCAGUAUUAUAUCCAGCUGAGAAGAGAUAUUUUGGAGGGGAGAGUAUACUGUAAUGAGGACACUGCCAUGGUCCUUGCUGCCUUUGCUUUGCAGGCUGAAUUUGGAGAUUAUAUACCAGAGGUAUAUGGAAAUAAUUAUUUCCAGAUAGAGCAUUACAUUCCAAAAAGAAUGAUGGAAAAAAUGGCAUUUCUGUGUCUGAGGGAGGAGUUGCCAAGGUUACAUGCCAGUAAUGCAAACAUGCUUCGAGAAGAUGCAGAGCUAGAAUUUUUAAAGAUUGUACAACAGUUACCAGAAUUUGGGGUGCUGUUUCACCGAGUUGCUCGUGAGAAGAGGCUUGCCAUUGGAGAACUCAUUCUUGGAGUUUGUGCCAGAGGUAUCAUGGUUUAUGAAUUCAAGAACAACUGUCGGAUAUUAAUCCGCAGAUUUCAGUGGUCUGAAACAGAGAGCAUUUCCACAAGUUGGCGUAAAUUCACUGUAGAAUGUGGCCCUAGUGGGAAAAAGCACUCAUUUGUAACCGAGAGUUCCAAGAUAGCACAAUACCUCCUGGACCUCUGCUCUGCUCAGCACAAAUUCAACAGUGAGAUGACCUCUCGGCAACUAACCUACAGUUCAGCAUCAGAUGGUAAGCAAUUGAAACAUCCUUUGAUAUGGCGUGCUCGACAAAAUCUGUUGAAGAGGAUGUCAUGUUCAGAUGUCGGGCUCAAUAAUGUUGGUCUGAGCAUGUCGUCUAUGAACUCCAUAAGCAAGUCAUGCGAUGACCUUCCAGCCAAGAUUCAGCAGUCAAGAGAUCUGCGAAAUACACAUGACCUUGUAGGAGGCCUUAUUGAACUCAAGAAACCAAAUGUGAAAUGCAGCUCCACAGAGGCUUUUAGUUCUCCAAUUUACCGCAUAAUGUCAAAUGUCUCUCUACAAAAACAAGACUCUGAGACUUACUCAGUCUCAUCCAGGGCUGGCACUCCUGUUAGAACUCCACCAGAAAGAGAAAUUAUCUGUGUUACACUGAAGAAAGAUCCUAAACAUGGAUUUGGGUUUAUAAUAGUUGGAGAGGACAAUACAGGAAAAUUAGAUCUUGGAAUCUUCAUUGCAUCCAUCAUUCCUGAUGGGCCAGCUGAUAAAGAUGGCAGAAUCAAGCCAGGUGGACGACUGAUUUCUCUUAAUAAGACCAGUCUGGAAGGAGUAACUUUCAAUGCAGCUGCUGCCAUCUUACAGAACAGCCCAGAUGAAGUGGAGCUUAUAGUGUCUCAACCAAAGCAUGAGUUUGGGGACCGUAAAAGCUCUCUAACUGCUGGCAGUUUAGGGUUGAUGCUGGAGAGAAUUACCCAGAAUGCAGAGCACAGAGCACUGAAAGAAGACACUGUAUCCAACACUGUCACACCCAAAACGGGUAGAAAGCUACAUAUCCCUGUUGUUCGUAUUCUAGAUACUAAGGAUGUGUUCUCUAAGUUAUCCACUAACUCCAGCCUCAGGCCUGGUGACUUGGUCUAUGUGGAGCUCAAGAAAGUCAACGGCAGCCUGGGCAUCUGUGUUGCUGGUGGCAUUAAUACGAGCGUGCGCCAUGGAGGGAUCUAUAUUAAAAGCCUGAUACCUGGAGGAGCUGCUGAUCUGGAUGGGCGAAUACAGACUGGUGAUAGGCUCCUGGAGGUGAACGGCUAUAACCUGCAAGGUGUUACCCAUAAGCAAGCUGUGGAAUGUUUGAAAAAAACUGGAGAGCUGGUGUCUCUGAUUCUAGAGCGGGAGCCUCCCCUUGUGAUGGAGUCCUCCAGCUCAACGUCCACUUUGGAAAGACAGAAAUCUCCAUCAUCCCUCAGUGCACAGAGCACCACCCCCACCCCCACUAGAAAAGACAUUACCAUGGAAACGCCUUUGUCUGUCAGGGCCAAGGACUACAGCUUUGUGUCAGAUGAAAACACAUUGGAAGUGACUGUGGAGAAGAAACUGAGUGGUUUGGGCUUUAGCUUCCUCAUCAGUAACAUUAGUCCUGAGGAAGGAAGUGUAGUGCGAAUUAGGAGUCUGUUCUCUGGCCAGAUGUCUGAAGAAAGCGGACCACUCAGAGAAGGAGAUGUAAUCCUUGCAGUUAAUGGAGAAUCUGUGAAAGGACUUUCUUAUCAGAAAGUACUACAGCUGCUUCGAGGAACACCAUCUGAGCUUAAACUGUUAAUCUGUCGACCUUUACCUGGUCAACUUCCAGAGAUGGACUCAAUCUCAAUAAAUCCUUCCCCAUUGCCAAGUAAAAAGCAGAGGUCUUGGUCUUUAGAUCUGCCAGUGGAGUCUGUCUCUUCAGAUUUUAGUGAAAUACUCCAACAAAAGACCACAGCACUAUGCCAGAAGAAGAACUGCCCUUCACCCAAACCUAAUAUUGUCCAAAUAAUUCAGCAGAAACAGGACAUUGAACAGGAUGAGACACUAUCCACCAUAUCAUCUCCACCAUCCCCACUAUCCACUGAUGGACAGCAAGAUGAAAAUCCAUAUGAGGAUAUUCUCAACAAUACUUCCUGUUCCCAAACACCAACAACACUUGUAACAACAACUGUCAACCCUGUACAACCAGUACAUAUGCCAACACCUUCUCCAGCAUGCCCAAAUCCAGAGGGAGGAUUAAUGUUCUCAGAAACCAAGCCCGGCUCAUCUGUUAUCAGUGAGCUCAAUGAAGUUGUGGAUGGGAGCAGAGCAUGCUUCAUAGCCAAUGGACUGGAUGUCUUAGCUGAUGAAGAAUAUCUGACUAUUACCACCAAUGCAGCCAGCCCUCUAAUCUGCAGCCAUGUCUCUGCAAGUGCUUUGAUCCCUCCUACACCUUCUUCACCACCUCACAUAAUGUCUCCAAUAACCAGUCCAUCAAAAACAGCAACACCAUCAUCUCCUUUAGCUCAACCCAUUUCAGGAGGCACCAACAAUGGCUGGGAUGAUGAAGAGCAGGAUGAUGCCCCCAGAAGGGAAGUGUUUAAGGAGUUUGAGCUGACAGUAACCCUUACUAAAUCUAGAAAUGGUAGUUUUGGGUUUACUAUCACCAGGAGUAAAUUAGACAACUGCUAUUACAUACAGAAAAUCCUGGAUAAUCCAGCCAAAGCAGAUGGCAGGCUCAGAUCAGGAGACAGGCUAAAAAUGGUGAAUGGUCACUAUGUGUCCAGUGUGUCUGAUGAAGUGGCCAUGACUAUUCUGAGAUACUCUCCUAAAAGACUCCACAUGGUGUUAGGCAGAGCUGAACAGAACCUCCUACCUCCUCCACCACCAGACAGCCUUCAGGACAUUAUCAUAUACAAGACAUCUUCUGGACAGUUAGGUAUUAAGCUCCGAGGUGGCAUUGGCAGCAAAUGGCAGGGGAUAUAUGUUCAGGAGGUGGUGCCAAAUUCAGCUGCCUGUGAGGAGGGUAGCAUUCAGCCGAAUGACCGAAUUGUCUACAUCAAUGGAAGUUGUACACUGGGAAUGACGCUGGAAGAUGCUGUAAAGACAUGUGAACUUGCUUCGCACAAAGUCAGACUCAAAGCCAUGAGAGAAAAUCAACCGGUGACACCCAGAAGCAAAUGGAAUGGUUUUUUUGAUUGGAAGAAAGAGAGGAGGUUUAUCCCUCUCUCUGAGGAGGCAAAGUCAUCGGAGAUGGAGGUUGCUGCUGAUGUUAAACACAUGGCUGAAAAUACUAAAGGAUUUGGGCCAAUGUCUUCUGUAACCCCUCAGCAGGAGAGCUGUAUUCUUCAACUGGAGUUUACUAAACCAGAGAGAGGUGGGUUGGGCUUUUCUCUGGUAGGAGGAGUUAAUGGCAGCAGUCUGCAAAUUAAGGACAUCUGCUGUGGGAGCUUGGUUGAGCAGGAUGGCCGUCUGCGUGUAGGAGAUAUCCUCCUGGAGGUGAAUGGUGUGAUCGUGUCAGGAUUGAGCCAUAUUAAGGUGGUGGAUAUUCUAAGGAGAGCAGAGGGGACAGUCCAGCUGACUUUAUACAGAGACACUUUCACCAUUAAUUCUUGCACUGGCUGUAGAUCCUAUACAGAAGACCCUCAGGAACACAACACUAAAGGCAUAAGCUCACUUCUAGAGUUGCAGGAGGAGGAUUUGUCUUCCGAGAAUCAUGGGGAUAAAAAGAUGAAGGAUGAACAGGAUAGUGGAAACUGUACACCUACCUUUCAGGGCUGUUGCCCAUCUCUGAGUGUCACAGAUAUGCUACAUAGCAGGUCCGAACCCCAGAAGCAGAAUCUAGAAAGUUCUAGCAAAAUUGUGCAGAAAAAUUACACCGACAGCUGGAGCAGUGAUGAUGAUGAUGAUGAUGAUGAUGAUGAUGAUGACGACGAUGACGAUGAAGAUGAUGAUGAUGAUGACACUUAUCAGCCUUCUUCUACAGAAACAUCACCAUACACAGGUCCACCUAUUGUGUCAGAGGAAGAUCUGAUGAGACUUGCCCUGAUUAGCCCACCGAAUGAUGGACAGUACUCAGGGUCCAGACUCAAAAGUCUUAUUCACAAUCUUCAGAAUCAACUGGAUCUGGAUGACCUUGUCAAGGAGUUUAUGGCAUUAGGGCAUAUGACACCAUCAGAUAACUGCCUGGUUGGAAAGGCACCAGAGAACCGAGAGAAGAACCGAUACAGAGAAAUCCUGCCCUAUGAUAAAACACGAGUUCCUGUGGGAGAAAAAGAGGACUACAUUAAUGCCAGCUAUAUCCGGAUGAAGGUGGGCCCAGAUGAGUUUUUCUACAUCUCAUCACAGGGACCUCUGCCCAACACUCAGGACUGCUUCUGGCAAAUGGUCUGGGAGAAUAAGUCUGACAUCAUUGCUAUGAUGACCCGGGAAGUGGAGCGUGGCAGAAUCAAAUGCCACAAGUACUGGCCUGAGAAACUCGAUCUUCCAAUAGAAACUAGCCACUACCAGUUGAUCCUGAAUAACUAUCAGAAAUUGGACUACUUUCACAUCAAGGCCAUAAAGAUGGUAGAAAAGGAGACUGGAGCCACACACUUUGUGAAACACCUGAAGUUCACCACAUGGCCAGACCACAGUACGCCUCACUCUUCCAAGCAGCUAGUGCACUUCAUCCGAUAUAUGCGUGCAGUACACUUGAAAGGGCCCGUCAUUGUGCACUGCAGCGCUGGCAUAGGUCGGACCGGUGUCCUCAUCUGUGCUGAUGUCAUCCUUGGCCUUAUUGAGAGGGACCUCACUGUUAAUGUGAAUGAGAUUGUUAGGGAGAUGCGUCUCCAGCGCCAUGGGAUGAUCCAAACCAAGGAACAGUACGUCUUCUGUUACAAAGUGUGGCUGGACGUGUUACAGAGCAUCUCCCUUCUUCAUGGCAACCAGUGGCAAUCAGAAACCCCCUUGUGAAUGAAUUAAUGAGUUCUGGCUUUUUUCCAUGCUAAGUUAUUCCACAGUUUCCUCAGUGGAGCGACAGCUCUCGUCUUGUUGAACAGUGUUGAAAUGCUGUUAUAUGAAGUUAAUCAUGUGCACUGAGUUUGAGUUUCAGUGCUGUUCUGAUCGUUUAGCAUUAAAUAUAUGGCACAGGAAGCACACUAGACAUUUUUAUCAACUGUGUUAUGACCUUGUAUGGCUCGAUUUAUAUCUUCACCAACCACAUAUAACUCAAAGCACAGUUUUCCUAGCCAUCAAAAGGCUUGUCUUUUUUUUUUUUUUUUUUGCCUUGAAUGUGUAGUCAGGUACAAUCUAAUGAUGUGUGUUUUAAUUAUACAAACAUGUUUAAUUCAAUGUCAUUAAUGUUAUAAUUAUAAUUUCGACAAGAUCAAUGUGGCACAAUAUCAUGACAACAGCAUAAUAAGCACACAACCAGCUGAUAUUUCAUGUAUGUUUAAAAUAAAUGAUUUCAUUAAAUCUUGAA